UUUAUCCAUUUCAACCAUUAUGGCUUCCUCUUCCUCAAUCCAUUUUCUUCUCUUCUGCUCUCUUCUUUUUUCCAUUAUAUCCCUUUCCAAAGCGAAAACUACAUCGUUCCGUCCGAAAGCUUUAGUUCUUCCAGUAACCAAAGAUGCAUUAACAAGCCAAUACCUAGUCCAAAUCAAAGAAAGAACCCCUCUUGUCCCCGUCAAGCUCACUGUCGACCUUGGCGGAGAAUUCCUCUGGGUUGACUGCGAAAAGGGCUACGUAUCCUCGUCCUUCAAGCCUGCUCGCUGCGGCUCGGCGCAGUGCAACCUCGCCCAGUCCAAAGACUGCGGCGAGUGCUAUUCACCGCCCAAACCGGGCUGCAACAACAACACUUGCAGCCUCUUCCCUUACAACCCUUUCAUCCGUACGAGCACCAGCGGAGAGUUUGCCUCCGACGUCGUAUCGCUCCAAUCGACCAACGGGUUCAACCCCGGAAGAGUGGUUUCAGCGCCGAAGGUUCUCUUCACUUGCGGUUCAACUUUUCUCUUGGAAGGCCUCGCUUCCGGGGUCACCGGAAUCGCUGGCCUCGGAAGGAAGAAGAUUGGACUUCCUGCUCAAUUAGCUUCGGCUUUCAGCUUCAACAGAAAAUUUGCUGUUUGUUUAAGCUCUUCCGUAAGAUCCAAGGGUGUUAUAUUCUUUGGGAAUGAGCCCUACGUUUUCCUUCCAAAUAUUGACGUCUCCAAAAAUCUUAUCUACACACCGUUGAUCCUCAACCCGGUGAGUACUUCCGGGAGUUACUACGAAGGCGAAACUUCUGCGGACUACUUUAUCGGAGUAAAAUCGAUCAAGAUCAACGACAAAGUUGUCCCCUUGAACACCACGUUGUUGACCAUUAACAAAGACGGUUAUGGUGGGACAAAGAUUAGUACUGUUGAGCGCUACACAGUUAUGCAUACUUCUAUAUACAAUGCUGUGGUUCGCGCCUUUGUGAAGACGCUCUCCAAGGUGCCCCGAGUGAAGGCGGUGGCGCCUUUUGGGGCCUGCUACAGCUCGAAGAGCCUCGGCAGCACCCGAGUCGGGCCCGGCGUGCCGUCGAUCGACCUUGUCUUGCAAAGCCAGAUGGUGGUUUGGAAGAUUUUUGGCGCCAACUCCAUGAUUCAAGUUAGUGAUGAUGUUUUAUGCCUUGGUUUUGUUGAUGGUGGCGUUGAGCCAAGGACUUCUAUUGUGAUUGGAGGGCAUCAGAUUGAAAACAAUCUUCUGCAGUUUGAUUUGGCUUCUUCUAGGCUUGGAUUUAGCUCUUCAUUGCUGUUCCGACAAACAACUUGCGCCAACUUCAACUUCACAUACAAUGCUUAUUAGGGAAUCUUUGUGUUAAUUAAAUAUUAUUCCAAUUGCCACUAGCUUUUGUUUAAGUGCUUGAUUUUUUACGUGUUUAAUAGAGGUCAUAAUUGAUAUCCAGUGGUCCUAGACAUAUAAAGGAAACAAUUGGGUAUUUGCUUGUAAUAAGAUUUUGAGAGUGAAAUAUGUUAUUUUGUUUUCUUUUUAUUUA